AUGACAAACUUAGAAAGAUUUAGAGCUAGUGAUGCCUUUAUAGACAUCGGUCAAGAGGGACAAAGACACUUAGUGAUCGUGGAGGUUCCUAGAAGGCCAGCCUAUGAGGGGGAGAUUUCUUACUAUAUAGGAAGACGAUGGCUGGAAAUGGGAUGUUAUACCCAAUUCUUGGAUUUGCUUCGUGUAUGGCUUUUGUUUAUGUCUUAUGGUGAUUUGAAGCUUAGUAGUUUCCCUAGGGAACGGAGAUUAAGUUUUGUGGAAAGGAAUGGGACUCAUUUCUUUUUAGAUGGGAAACCAUUGUUCGUUAAUGGCUGGAAUUCUUACUGGUUAAUGUCCCAUUCUGUGGAGGAAAAUACUAGACCUAAGGUCAGUGCAAUGCUUCAAGCUGGUGCAAGGAUGGGUUUCACUGUUUGUAGAACCUGGGCCUUUAAUGACGGUGGCUAUAAUGCUCUCCAGAUUUCCCCAGGGCAAUUCGAUGAGCGAGUUUUCAAGGCCUUGGAUUAUGUCAUUGCAGAAGCAAGGCAGCAUAGAGUCAGGCUGCUUCUGAGCUUAGUAAAUAAUUUGCACCCAUAUGGUGGAAAGACGCAGUAUGUCAACUGGGCGUGGCAAGAAGGCAUUGGUUUGAGCUCUUCUAAUGAUUCCUUCUUCUAUGAUCCAUCAAUCCGCAAAUAUUUCAAGAAUUACGUCCUGGUAUCUCAUCGUCUAUCUAACUUUCACCAAUAUCUUUUUCUUAUAUUUGAAUAAUGAAAAUUUUCUUCCCCUGCAUCACGAAGCAUGUGUAUCACUGCAUAUCUUCUGUGAAUUGUUCUUGGAGUACUGACAUUACAUUGUUAAAAUAGAUAAAUCUUAAUGUUCAAAGGGGAACCCGAUGCUGCAAGUUUCG